AUGCCCAGAAAAGAAAACAAAGGAUUGCCCAGCAAUGAGACCAAACUGCCUAGCAGUUCAGAACAACCAACAGAUCACAACUCACAAGAUAAGAUAUCACCAGUAGAUCUUGGCUUGAAAAGGAAAAGCACUGAGAAUGCUAACGAUGAUCAUAAGGAAGUGAAAAAAUUAAAAUUACAGCAACAAUAUACCAAAAUUUUACCAAAUACAACAAAUACAGCAGCUGAUACUUAUAAAUCAACACAUAAAAAUCAACCCAAUUUAGACAUGAACCAAGAAAAGCUAUAUUCUCAACGAUUAAAAAGGACCCCAGCUCAAGUGGAGGCAGACAAGGAAGUGAACAGGAAACUUCAACAGAAAAUCAGAUCAAAGAGAACUCCAGCUCAAAAGGACACAGACAAGGAAGUGAACAGGAAACUUCAACAGAAAAUCAGAUCAAAGAGAACUCCAGCUCAAAAGAAGGCAGACAAGGAAGUGAACAGGAAACUUCAACAGAAAAUCAGAUCAAAGAGAACUCCAGCUCAAAAGGACACAGACAAGGAAGUGAACAGGAAACUUCAACAGAAAAUCAGAUCAAAGAGAACUCCAGCUCAAAAGGACACAGACAAGGAAGUGAACAGGAAACUUCAACAGAAAAUCAGAUCAAAGAGAACUCCAGCUCAAAAGAAGGCAGACAAGGAAGUGAACAGGAAACUUCAACAGAAAAUCAGAUCAAAGAGAACUCCAGCUCAAAAGGACACAGACAAGGAAGGGAACAGGAAACUUCAACAGAAAAUCAGAUCAAAGAGAACUCCAGCUCAAAAGGACACAGACAAGGAAGGGAACAGGAAACUUCAGCAGAAAAUCAGAUCAAAGAGAACUCCAGCUCAAAAGGAGGCAGACAAGAAAGUGAACACGAAACUUCAGCAGAAAAUCAGAUCAAAGAGAACUCCAGCUCAAAAGAAGGCAGACAAGGAAGUGAACACGAAACUUCAACAGAAAAUCAGAUCAAAGAGAACUCCAGCUCAAAAGGACACAGACAAGGAAGUGAACAGGAAACUUCAACAGAAAAUCAGAUCAAAGAGAACUUCAGAUCAAAAGGACACAGACAAGGAAGUGAACAGGAAACUUCAACAGAAAAUCAGAUCAAAGAGAACUCCAGCUCAAAAGGAGGCAGACAAGGAAGUGAGCAGGAAACUUCAGCAGAAAAUCAGAUCAAAGAGAACUCCAGCUCAAAAGGAGGCAGACAAGGAAGAGAACACGAAACUUCAACAGAAAAUCAGAUCAAAGAGAACUCCAGCUCAAGUGAAAGCAGACAGAGAAUUGAACACCAGUUUACAAAAGGAAAUCAGAUCGAAACGAACACAUGAAAAAAUUUCAUUGGAUAGACAAAAGGAUAAAAUUUGUAAAAAUCUGAAAAGACAGCAUCAACGUGAAGUAUUCUCAAACAUUUUGAAAGAGUUUCAGAAAGCCAUUCAAGAUGGACCAACCUACACAUGUACAUGCUGUCACAGACUGCUUUAUAAGCAAUCUGUUCAACAUGUGAUGUCAUGUAAUUACUUGAAGUGCACAAAAGAAAUAUUACUUCAAUGUUUGACAGGUGAGGACACGAUUUGUAAAACAUGUCAUAGAUCUUUACAACAGGGGCACAUUCCAGCUAUGGCAUCAGUUAACAAACUUCAAGUCAAACCUCUUCCUCCAGAAUUAGAAUGCCUUUCAGAACUGGAGGCUAGAUUGAUAGCAAAGAGAAUACCAUUUAUGAAACUACUUAAUUUACCAAGCGGAAAACAGAAGGCGGUUAUUGGAUCAGUUGUCAAUGUCCCUGUUGAUGUCACCCAAACAUGUGCUUCAUUGCCAAGGUCAUCAACAUCAGAUAUGGGAUUCAUUCCACUGAAACUGAAAAGAAAAAUGAAAUACACUGGACAUGUCCAAUAUCAGAUGAUUAGACCUUCUGCAGUAGAGAAAGCACUAUGCUACCUUAAACAGAACCACAAGUUAUACAGAGAUAUUGAUAUAAAUGCUAUGUGGCAACAAGAAUUUGAAAAUGACAAUGAGGAAUUAUGGCAAGCAUUAACUGCAACACAAGAUAACUUGGAAGAAAGAUCAGAGGACAAACUGGAGAAUGGUGCAGAUCAUAAUAACAACGAAGAACAAAACGAUAUUAAUAUCUUUACAGAUGUUAGACAACAGGUUAGCCAUACCAUCCUUCAACAUGAAAAAACCCCAACCCAGACUUUUCAAGACCAAGAUCAGUAUCAUUCUACAGAAGAAGCAAUGCAUGAUAAUGGGCAAGAGUCAUUAACAUUAUCUUCUGAGCACAGCACUGUAUUAAAUUCUAAUGAAGUUGAUGAAUCAAAUGAAGAAAGUGAUGAAAGUGAGCUUAGAGGACUGACAUAUGAUUCAUGCUUACAACCUGAAAACAUUGCUGCUUCUGCCUCUGGUAACAAAAUCUUCAGUAUUGCACCUGGCGAAGGAAGACUUCCAACCCAGAUUUUACAAGACCAGAACAAUGAGGUGCUGACAUUUCCACAUCUUUUUCCGACUGGAGAAUUUGGUUUUGAUGUUGAAAGAAACAAUAAACUCACACUCAGAAAAUACUUCAUGACCAGAUUGUGCAACAAAGACAAUAGAUUUGCAACAAAUGUUGAAUACCUUUUUUAUGCUCAGUUUUUAACAGAUUUCAAACAAGUGUCUGAUAGCAUAAACAUUGCACUUAGAAAGGCAACUAAUCAGUCCUCUACUGCUGUCACUGCUGGACAAGUUAAGAAUGAUGAAUACCGAAAACAGCUGAUUCAGACAGACAAAGGCUACCAAUUUCUCCAAACUAUACGUGGAUCACCAGCAUACUGUAAAAAAAUUCUGUAUGAUUUACUGGGGAUGAUUAAACAGUUAGGACCAUUUACAUGGUUCCUCACUUUAUCAGCAGCAGAUCUACGCUGGCCUGAAACCAUCUGUAUAAUAGCAGAUCAAUUCAAGGUUAAACUAACAAAUGAAGAUGUUGAGGCUUUGACUUGGGAGGAGAGAUGCUCUUGGAUUCGAAAAAAUCCAAUCACAGCAGCUCGUCAAUUUGACUACAGAGUGCAGCAAUUCAUCAGGCUAAUAAUUAAAGGUGAAGUCCUUGGGAACAUAACCGAUUUCUACUACAGAGUGGAGUUCCAGCAGAGGGGCUCCCCUCACAUCCAUAUGGUGUUAUGGUCAUCAGAUGCUCCAGACUUUGAAUCAGCUGAGGAACAUGUUAUUACUAAUUUCAUAGAUUCAUACAUCUCUUGUAAUCUUCCUGAGGAAGAUGAGGAUAAAGAGCUAUAUUCCUUGGUUAAUACUUUGCAAAGACAUGUCCAUUCACACACGUGUCGUAAAACAGGAAAAAAAUGUAGGUUUCAUUAUCCAAGACCUCCAUCAGAUGCAACUGUCAUUUGUAGAAUUAGCUCCCAGGGAGAAAUUAGAGAGAAUAUCAAGCCAACUGAAAUAUUGCAUACCGUGUUUGAUACCAUCACAAAUGAAGACGUGGCUGGUUUAACUUUGAAAGAGGUCUUGACUUUAGCCAAUAUUCCAUAUAAUAACUACAUGUAUGCUCUGCAACAUUUCAAGUCCACAAACGGAGUUGUCCACAAAAGGGAACCAAAGGAUGUGUACAUAAACAACUACAAUCCAAAUAUUCUCAGAGCUUGGCAGGCUAACACUGACCUUCAGUACAUCACUGACCCCUAUGCUUGUGUGAUGUAUAUUGCAUCAUACAUGACAAAACCUGAACAUGAAUUGGGUGAGCUGCUUACAGCAGCAUCCAAACAAGCAGCUAAUAUGGAUCUUCGUUCACAACUUAAAAAAGUUGGCAGCAAGUUUCUCAGUUCCCGAGAAGUGUCUGCACAAGAAGCAGCAUAUCGUAUUUUGUCACUGCCUUUGAAAAGGUCCACCAGAGAAGUUAUAUAUGUUCCAACAGAUGUGUCUGAAGAACGAGUUCGAAUGCUUAAGCCGAUGAAUAUUAUACAACAUCUUGAUGAUGAAGAUGAGGAUAUUUACAUGGAGGGUAUGGUAGAUAGAUAUAUAUAUAGACCAAAAGAACUAGAGAAUAUAUGCUUAGCAGAUUUUAUCUCGUCAUAUAGACUACAUUACAAGAAGCCUAAGGACAAUGAAGAGUCUGAUGAUGUUGAUAUUCUUGACAAUGAUGACCAACCCACAAUUGUUCUUAAGUUACAGGACAAUAAAGGAUACAUCACAAAACGGAAAAAAAAUGCUGUCAUAAGGACACAUCAUUAUUCAAAAGAUCACAAUCCAGAAAAAUACUUCCAUUCCCAACUAAUGUUGUAUGUUCCGUACAGAAAAGAGAAACAGCUCUUGGAUGAUGAUGGCUCUUACAACACUACAUUCAGAAAGAAAAACAAAGUAGUGCUUAGCAACAAAACCAAAUUUGAGAAACAUGCAGAAGUCAUUGAGAUGGCAUAUGAACAGCUUGAAGAAAAUGGUCCACCUGAGGAUGCAUGGGCCCAAAUAGCAGGAGAAAUUGAACAUCAGAGGCAUAUGCAACAAGAGGAGGGAUCCACACCUGCUGAAGAAUAUGCAAUUUUUGAUCCAGCUAACCAUCCUGAAUCUCAACAUUAUGAAGCCUUUAAGUCACAACUUCCUAUAACAUCAGAGCGUCAAGAGUCAAUAAUGCCAGACACAGAAUAUCUACCAUUUAUGAGAUCUCUCAAUGUAGAACAGCGAUUCAUUUUCAAUAAAAUUUAUGAGUGGUGUUUCCAAAAGUUGACAUGUGUAUCAACAGGAAAAGAACCAGAUCAGAUACUGACAUUCAUCACAGGAGGAGCCGGAUCUGGUAAAAGCCACUUAAUCAAAGCAUUGUACCAAAUGAUCACUAAACUGUUGAGAUCACAAGUGGAUAAUCCAGAAGAAAUAGUAUGUCUCUUAACAGCACCUACUGGAACUGCAGCAAGGAAUAUUCAUGGACAAACUGUUCACUCAGCCUUUAGUAUAAUGCCAGGAUUAGACUCUUGUUCCCACAAAACUCUCUCAUCCCUACGAGUAAAGUUCGCUAAUCUUAAAUGCAUCAUCAUCGAUGAAGUAUCAAUGUUGGGAUGUGAAGGUCUAGUGACUGUACAUAAUCGUUUAACAGAGAUUAUUGGAAAACCAAAAUCAGACAGUCUCUUUGGGGGUGUAUUAGUUAUAGUUUUUGGUGACCUUUACCAACUCCCACCUGUUGGUCAAAGUCAAGUGUUUGCAUUGCCGAAGAGCCCUAAGAUGCGAUUGUAUGGAUCUCUAUGGCAACAUUUUCAUAUAGCAACACUUUCCAAGAUUAUGCGACAGAGAGAUGACGUAGAAUUUGCAGAGCUCUUAAAUCGAAUCAGAACUAACAUACAAAACAAAGAUGAUAUUGAACUCCUAAGGACUAGACAAGUUUCACCAAAUGACCCACAAUAUCCUGCAAAUGCUCUACAUGUUUACACAACAAAUAAAAAAGUAGACCAACACAAUCAAAACCAUCUUGCUGCAACUGAGUAUCCUGUAUACACCAUUAAAGCUCAGGACAUGAACACAGAGCAUCAUACUGGUCAAUUCCAAGUUCAGAUGCCAGAUAAUCCAAAUCGCACUGGAGGUUUGCAUCAGUAUAUUCAGUUAUCAAAAAAUGCUCGUGUAAUGAUAACCAAAAAUAUUGAUACAUCAGAUGGCCUGGUAAAUGGAGCUCAAGGCACUAUUGUUGGUUUUUAUCCACCACCUCCAGAAAAUUCAUCAAACUACAUCCCAGUAUUUGUAUUGCUUGAAAUGGAUGACCCAACUAUUGGUUCCAAUGCCAGGGAUACUUUUAAAACAGUAAUUCCUCCACAUUCCAAAGCUGUACCAAUACAUCAAGAAGAAGUACGAUUUACUGUUGGAAGAUACAAAGUGGCACAGGUUUCUCGUCGGCAAUUUCCCCUCACUUUGUCAUGGGCAUGUACCAUUCACAAAGUACAGGGUCAAACACUGGAUAAAAUUGUAAUAUCUUGUGAAGGUCGCUACCAACCAGGUCAAUUUUAUGUAGCUGUUAGUAGAGUAACUAAACUCUCAGGAUUAUUUUUUCUGGAUUUUAAUGAAAAAUGUAUUUCUUGUAACAAUGAUGUGACUACAGAAAUAAAAAGAAUGACAACAGAACAGCCAUUCAAAAUCCUACCAUUAUGGACUCCAGAUCAGUCUACAAUCACUAUUGCUCAUUUGAACAUCAACUCCUUGGCUGCUCAUAUCAAAGAUUUGAAGGCAGAUCUCAUUCUUUCUACAUCUGACAUCAUAUGUAUCACUGAAACAUGGUUGACAUCUAGACAUUCAGAUUCAUCCAUGAAGAUUGAUUCAUUCAACAUUCUCAGAGUUGACAGAGAAUUAUGCUACAACAGUGAUCAGAUAGACAGGAGUAAACUUUCAUAUGGGGGUGUUUGUUCUUAUAUUUCAGUUGAAUGGACAUUACAGCCAUUGCAUAAUCAAAACCAAACCAAAGGAAUUGAAUAUGAACUUUUCAAAGCAGAGAGAAAUUCACACUCAAUUCUUAUUCUUCAUGUGUAUCGUCCUCCAUGGCUUUCUCUUCAAGAUUUCACCAAACACCUUAUCAAAAUUAUGGAUAAAAUGGAUAAUCUUCCUACUCUAGUCUUAGGUGACUUUAACAUCAAUACUUUAAAACAACCAAACAACUUACUUUUACUUGCAUUAGAUGCAAAAAAUUUCCAGCAAGUUGUGUGCCAACCAACGCAUGUUUCUGGAUCCUGUAUUGACCACCUUUAUAUCCAAAAGGAGUUAUUAUCAGUAUAUAAUAUAAGAGUAUUACCAGUUCCUUAUUCUCAACAUGAUGCCUUUCAAAUAAAUAUAAAGAUAUAA